AUGCGCCACUUCGCCUCGGCGCACGACCCAGGCACGCGUCCGGCUGCGCCGGCCCUUUGGGAGCCGCGAGUAAGCAAAGUACUUCAUCCUGCAGCUCUUCGGCAAAUGGAAUGUCGCCUCCACUUCCGGCAUGGAAACACGUUCACCGGGAGCCUGGAAUCGAAAAGUGCCGACCCCGUUGGCCGAAAAGCGGCCGGGUGGCAACCCCACCAGCAGCGCAUUCCUCUGCGCAACUCAUGCUGA